AAAUUUAAAAACAAACGACAAUUGUUUUGUCUAAAAGAUCAAAUUUGUCAUUUUGGUUUUAGAAAUCAUGGACUCUCUUACAAUCGACAGCGAAGAGGCUGCUCGGAUUAUGUGCUUACAACAACUAAUUGAAAAAAAUAUAGAGAUUGAGCAACAGAUUGAAAAUAACAAUUUCGACGCUUCAAUAUUGGCCAUAGAAACUAUUAUUAAACAAUCAAACGAAAUAUCAAAGGGACAGAAAGAACGUCGUACAAAUCCCACGGAGCUUGUACUAGACACUGAGUUGCUAAGGCGCAAUCAUGAAGUGGUUGGAAAGGCUAUACAAUAUAACACAAACUUCACAGAUCAAAUGGUCCUCACAGCUAUUACUAAUUUAGUUUUUAAAGACAACGAUGAAAAUUGGGACUCUCUUUGCACAGAAGUUAUUAAAUAUGGAAUGCCGCUAUACACGAAUGACAGCAUGAUUGCUUUCAUUGAUGUUGCACCGAAACUUCACAUUCAAAAGAACCGUGCUCAACGCAAACGAAAAACUUUGGUUGAAGAAAAGCGACCAAAAAAAAGUGACAAGCUGCUGCGCAAGGAGGAGGGCUCAGCAUCGGUCAGCAAUACGUUGAAACAAAUCCGACAAAUCUACAGAUCUGGUAACGACCAGCCCAUACCGUAUUUCAAAUUAAUUUGUCACCCUACAAAUUUUAUGGACUCUGUUCAGAAUUCAUUGAAUGUUUCAUUCCUUGUUCAAGAAAAUAUGGUUUACAUUGAGCCAGGAAAUGAUAAUUUACCACAGAUUCGGUGCGUUGCAAACCCCAGAACAUUAUCUACAAACGGGUCUUCUGCUCAGGCAAUUUGUGCCAUUGAUGUCGACUUUUGUCAGAAAAUGGUAAAGCAUUACAACAUUCAAGAACCAAUGCUGAAAAGACUGGAAAAAAACGAUUGUGUGUCAUAACAAAUCAACACACAUGGAUCUCAUUUCAAAAACAAUAUAUGUAUAUUUUUUGACACCGAAUGAGAUUGGAAAUGAAAGAUUAAUAAU